AUGCCCGGUAAUAAUAGUGCCCUUCUCGUGAGAGAGGCUGCUGGCUUUACCAAUCCUCUUCCGCAGGCUAUACUCACGGGGCAAGAAAACGUCAAUACCAUUCAGCCUGCUCCCGUGCUCUUUGAUCACAAUGCGUGGUUGCCUCAAAACACUACGCCGGGUGCCCCAACAACUGUUGCUGGCCUCACUCCUUAG